UUUGUCUUCGUAUAGUAUAAAAGUUUCUGUAGAUGUUUUGAGAAAAUAGUUAUAGGAAUCUUUCGAAGGUGCCACAGUCUCAAGAUGCAGUUCAAGUGUUUUAGUGUUUUGGUGAUUUUGAUCGCUAUUGGAUCGAUUAAGGCUGAGUUUCCUAUCAGAAGUGUCCUAAAGAGUUUUCAAAAAUGUUUCGACAAAGGAGGAUUCAACGGUGUAGUCAAUUGUGCUGGACUCAGAACACUGAACAUGAUGAGAAGUUUAUCUCAUAAAAACACUCUGGAGGUUCUACCAGGGAUAGUUCUUCAAAGAGAUGGACCGACUGAUAUCCCCAAUAAAAUAAUGGAUGAAGAUUUACCCAUAAAUCCUGUGAAUCGUUCUGAGAAAAUCCUGGAACUCCUUGGAGAUGAAACGAUGAAAUUAAUCUCACAAAGGACUCUCACAGUCAAACUACCUAAAAUAAAUUCGGAGGAAAUAUCUAGAGCAUUGAAAGAAGGAGAAGAAGGAAGAGGAAGAAAGAAAAAUCGUUUUGGUAAUUUUGGUGGAAUGAUUGGUCCAAUUAUGAUCAGCAUGGCUGCAAAGCUGUUUGCAUUGAUUGGAGGUGUUGGUCUUUUGUCUGCUAAGGCUAUAGUUGUUGCCAAGUUGGCUCUACUGAUCUCUGUAAUCCUGUUGGCCCAAAACUACUUGUCGAAUAGGGGCACAAAUUAUCUGCCAUACUACGGUGGAAAUUCCUACUACCCAUCUGUUACAUAUGGAACAAAUAAUCUAGGAGGUUGGAAUCCCCAGUAUCCUUAUGCUAGAUCUCUUGAAGUGAAUGGUGGUAGCACUGAAAGUUAUGAAGGAGAACAAUUGGCUUAUAAAGGAUACACUUCAAUCCCACAAUAGGAUACGAAGAUAUUAUAUUUUCAACAUGACAUUUUAAGGUCUCUGUGAGACCUUAUUAUUCCACGAAUUAUUUAUUUAUUUAUUCUUGUAGGUACUUCUGUUAUUGAAAAUUCAAUAUAAUUUUAUAUGUUUUUA